GUUUUAUUCCGGAAGUUAUUUUCCUCCUUCCGGGCCAAUGAUAACGGGCAAGAUGGCGGCAUCCAUAACGAGGACGUUUGGGGUUCUUCGUAACGCUUCAUGCAGCAGUUUAAAGAAUUCAGAGUUAAUUCUGGAUAUACGGCACCCUGGCCCGCUUUUCUUGCCGGUUCGGACCAAGAAGAGGUACUUUAUCCCCCCCGCAGUGGGUUUGAAGGGGAAGAAGGAGGAAAACCCAGAGGCGAAGGCCCGGGCAGCGGGGAUCGUCUUCAGACAGCAGUACUUUGAGAGACCCAUCAACAUCGCCUGCUCAGCGGGGGUGUUUGACCCAUACGUCCCUCCAGAAGGAGACGCCCGUCUCUCCUCUCUGUCCAAAGAAGGCCUGAAACAGCGAACAGAACAGCUACGACAGAGCGCCGCCUCGCAGCUGGCGAUUCGUAAAAUCAAAGAGCACGACUCGCAGUUCAGCACCAAGACGUUCGCAGAGCAAGCUCAAGAGAUCUUCAUAGAGGCUCACGACGCCCUGACACACUUCAAUAAGGAGAGGCUUCAUUCUCUGGUCACAGAAAGAUGUUACCCUGAAAUGACGAGAGGAAACCGCUACAAGACGAUCCGCUGGAAGUUCGUGGAGUCUCUGGAACCGCCCAGGGUGGUGCACGCCCGCUGCCCCGACAUGGUCACUAAAGGGAACCUGUACGGGCAGGUCACGGUCCGCAUGCACUCCAAGCAGACUUUAGCCAUCUAUGACCGCUUCGGGAGGCUGAUGCUUGGCAGCGAGGAGCAGCCGAAGGACGUCCUGGAGUACCUGGUCAUUGAGCGGCACCUGAUCAACCCCUACAGCAGGUGGAGGCUCCACGGGAAAAUCGUUCCCUCGUGGGCUCCGCCCAAAGACCCAGUUAUUAAGACGGUCGCCAUUCCUGGUCCAGAGCUGAAGCCGUGGGAAGAGUUUGAUCCCCUCAGCUAUGAAGUUCCCAAACCAGCAGCCGUACAGUGGAAUAAGUAGGUCAGCAGGGGGCCCCAGUCUCUGGGUUAAACAUUUAGGAGGACGUGUUGAUCAAUAAGUGGAAGAAGAAAGAAACUAUGCUUAAUUUCUUUCUGCUGUAUUUUGAGAUAUCUGAAGAAAGAUGAGCUUCGGUUCAAUAACCAGCAACAUUCUGAAGCUUCUGUAUCAUCAAAUAACCUUCAAUGAAUAUAUCUUCUGUUCACACGUUUAAAUUGUUCCUGUGGGAAUCAUUUUCCAUGUACAUGUAAGAAAUGAAAAUGCACAGAAGUGUAGAGUUGAGUGGUUUAAUACUGCAUUGAAUAUACAGGAUGCCAACAUGUGCAAAGGAAAAUAAACAGAUAUUGCUGAUAA